AUGGUCGUCCUGUCCUCCCUCAUUGCUGCUCUUCCUCUCUCACUGGGGGCUAUUGGAUCUCCCGUCGAUACCGCCGACUCGAAACAUGCGCUCGCAAAAAGAGACGCAACAGAAGUCAUUUACCUUACCGCCAUCGCCCUCCCACCACCCAGCGUUCCCUACUGGCUUGGUGUUCUAGCCUACUACCCUACUUCCGCUCUUGGAUGGUCGGGCGCCGAACCUAGAAAUAGUGAUGAAGCCAUCGGUCCCUCCGGCGGCACAAGCAUCUGGCGAACAUGGCCAACCCCUUGUAGCGGCAAUACGCAUUAUGAAGUUUUCUUCCCUUCCGGUAUAACCUUUCAGUUCGAUCUUAACUUCGGGGCUAAUAACGCCGCCGUCGGCGCAGUUGUUGGGGGUGGGUGGAAUGGGUUUAAUGCGUUUACUUGUAGGAGAGAUAAUGGGAGGUUAUUGUAUACGGUUGCGACGACUCCAGUAUCCGAAGUCCAGGCUUUGAUCAACUGUACAAGGGUGUAA